UAUCGUUCUCUCGCCCUCCCCUUUUCUUCUUCCAAGCCCGUUAGGGCCGUGGCGGUGAGUCCCGGUGGAGGAUUUACAAGUGUCUCUGCGACGGGACGUAGAGGAGCUGCGAAGCCACGGAGCUGACUGGGGAAGCCUUGGCCCGGCCAUGGGGUCCUGAGGGCCUUUCUCCCUGCCCGUUCCCUUGAGCCCCGGAGGGUCGGGUCCCUGGCAGAGAAGGGGAGCGGUGGCUGGUGUUUGCAGUGCCUCGUGGCGAUUAAGAGCAUUUAUGAUGGAAACUAUUAUAUAUGAAACUAUGUUAUGGAAAUAAAAGAAGUUGUACAAGUAGUCCUCCACUUACAAUCACAGUUGGGACCUGAACAUCAGUCACUAAACGAUGCAGUUGUCAAACAAGACAUCGUGUGAUUGGACCUGAAUUUAUGACCAUUUUACUGUAGCAAAUCUGGCUUCCUCAGUUGACUUGUUGUUGGAAGCCAACUGGGAAGGUUGUAAAUUGUGAUCACAUGACCACAAGAUGCUGCAACUGAGGUUUGAACAACAAAAAAUAAUGAUGAUUGUAGUAACUGGAGCCAUGUCAGUGCCUGAGUCAGAUUUCCCAGCCAGCACCCCUGCUACAGCCCCUAAUUUAUCCAGGAUGCCUGAUGAUGGCAGCCUCACUGCAGUGGAGCAGCCAAUAUUUCUAAUGACAACUGCUGCCCAGGCCAUCUCAGGUUUCUUUGUGUGGAUAGCUGUGCUGAUCACCUGCCACCAGAUCUACAUGCAUCUUCGCUGCUACAGUUGCCCCAAUGAGCAACGCUAUAUUGUCAGGAUCCUUUUCAUUGUUCCCAUUUAUGCUGUUGACUCAUGGCUCAGUCUUCUUUUCUUCACCAAUGACCAGUACUAUGUUUACUUUGGGACAAUACGGGAUUGUUAUGAAGCUUUUGUCAUCUAUAACUUCCUUAGCCUCUGCUAUGAAUACCUAGGUGGAGAGAGUUCCAUCAUGUCUGAGAUUAGAGGAAAGCCUAUAGAGUCCAGCUGCAUGUAUGGGACUUGUUGCUUAUGGGGAAAGACAUACUCGAUUGGUUUUCUGAGAUUUUGUAAACAGGCCACACUGCAGUUCUGUGUGGUGAAGCCCCUCAUGGCAAUUAUUACAGUUGUUCUUCAGGCAUUUGGAAAGUACCAGGAUGGAGACUUUGAUGUCACAAGUGGAUAUCUCUAUGUAACAAUUAUUUACAAUAUUUCAGUCAGCUUGGCUUUAUAUGCCCUCUUCCUCUUCUAUUUUGCCACCCGUGAACUUCUCAGUCCUUAUAGUCCUGUCCUAAAAUUUUUCAUGGUCAAGUCUGUUAUUUUCCUGUCCUUCUGGCAAGGGAUGCUAUUGGCCAUUUUGGAGAAGUGUGGUGCAAUUCCUAAGAUCCGCUCAGCCAAUGUAUCUGUGGGGACCGUAGCAGCUGGCUAUCAGGAUUUCAUCAUCUGUGUGGAAAUGUUCUUUGCAGCUAUUGCUCUGCGGCAUGCAUUCACUUAUAGGGUCUAUGCAGACAAGCACCUUGAUGCGCAAGCUGUUCCAUCAUAUGGUCCAUAUGGACGGUGCGCCCCAAUGAAGAGCAUCUCUAGCAGCCUUAAGGAGACCAUGAACCCCCAUGACAUUGUCCAGGAUGCUAUCCAUAAUUUCUCCCCAGCCUACCAGCAAUAUACACAGCAGUCCACCCUGGAACAUGGACCACCAUGGCGGAAUGGCAGUCACAUAAUUUCACGUUCUCAUAGCAUCUCUGGUGUCCGUGACAAUGAGAAGACCCUGCUUUUGAGCUCGGAUGAUGAGUUUUAAGGGGUUGGUGGAUCAUGCCAUAGCCUGGAACUUUCCUUUAUUUAUUGAUUCAGAAAACAGGUUAUAUUUCUUUUUUACAUGGUGCUCAGGUCAGGAUUGGGCACCUUCUGAGGCCAAUUGUAAGCAAGGACCGUUAUGGCUAAUGCGGGUGGUAUGGACUUCCUUUUUUAAAAGCUUAACUAGUGCGCAUUUCACUUAAUAAAGAAAAAAAUUAAACACUAAAUUGUAGCCUAGAACGGAGGUAUAAGAUGAGUAAAACAUACUUUGUUUUCAUAGUUUUUAUGUGAUUUGUAAGGCAAAGGGCUGGUAAUACAAAAAUCAGACAAAUGAUUCCCGAGAAAUGAGGCUAUAUCUGUUAAAUUAUUUGAAAUGAAACUAGCAGAAAAUUUCCUUUUUGCAAUCUAUUAUCAUUCUGAUUAUUUGAGGAUAGAAUCUCAUCCUUAGCUAUUCCCCUGUUAAUUUGUUCUAUUAAGUUUUUAAUAGUGGCCAGGAUUUAUUUUAAUUAAUAUUCCAUAAUAUAUGUGCAAUUAGCCUUUGCAAAGGAUCCAAAAUUUGAAUGGGAGAAGACAAGAAACUCUGGAUUGAAACAAUCCAUCGUAUCUUUUUCCUGAUGUAGAAGUGAAAUAUAGCACUUGUGGGUAUUUUUUGUUGCCCAGUAUUUCAAGAGAAUGUGCAAGAUAUUUUCUGCAAAACAAGAUUUCUCCCAUUUGUAGAGAAAGACAUCUCUGUAAGAACCUAAUGAUCCAGAAUUUCAAGGAAAGCUGUCCAGGAUACAAAUGUAUCUAUCCGGAUGCAUAUUCCCUAAAAAGUUGCUCAAUAAAUAGAAGCAUGGAUCCCAUAUACAUGUUUCAUUAUGGGUGAGGGUCAUGUUGAAUUAUUUUUCUUCAGACCUCAUCUGAUCUUCCUACAUACCAGAUGCAAAUGUGCAAGCCUGCUUCCCUCCAUUGAUUUAAUUAGUUAUUGUAUGCACUGUUAGAAUCCUUCGUCAUUUGCCCCUUUGUCAUUCGUGUUUUUUUCUGCAGGAGCAAUUGUACAAGCAGCGAUACAGAAAUCUCCUUUGCCUUGUCUGUUUUUGAACUGUGCAUCUCCUGGAUUUUAAAUUCUAUAAUACAUUUAUGGCAAAGUUACCAUUUGUCCUUUCUGCUGUAAAUAUUUUACCUAUGUUAAUAAUUAAUUUAAGUGCAGUGGAAUGGAAUUUGCCUAAGAUGGAGAACAUUCCAUCUUCCCUUCCCUUAGUUCUGUUCCAUUCUGGCCAAGAGAUUUAAACAUAUCUAUGUGGUGUGUAGGUAUUAUCUUUGCCAUUAUUUUCUACAACCCAUAAGAUUAAAACAGGUUGGUCUCAUUAGGCAUGUUGUAUCUUUUAUCUAAGAAUCACAGGCUUCCUUUGCAAGCAGUAAAAUCUGCUGCCACUGGUUUUGCCAGACACAUUUUAAAGUUGAGAAGCGCAAUCAGAUUAAUUGCAAUAUAUUGCACGUCUUUGUUGCUGUUGUGGUUGUGGUAACUGUGCCUGUUUAACACAUUGCUGCAUAAAAGGGGGAUAACAUUAGGCCCCUCCUGAGUCUCCUGCAUGCUGGUUCUGUUCUAAGCUACUGUGGUGGUUAUUUGGCACUUUUUCUUAUGGUGCUUUUUAACCCCUUCACUGGAGAGUCUAAAUAUGAGGAUCUCAGGGGGGUUGACUCUAUUGCUCCUUUUCUCUGUGCCUUAAUAUUCUCACCUGAGACAUACACACACCACAUUAUAACAAAGACAGAUUUCUACAGCAAUUAUUAGUAUUCUUUAGCCAAGCUGUACUUAUUUGGGCAAGCAUCCUUUGUCCAAAUUGUAUUUGUUUGGGCAAAAUGUGUUUGUGUGGAGCUUGGGAAGUUUGCUGAAAUUUGUUUUAUUUUUCCUGGAGAGAUAGUGAGGCUAUGGCUGCUGUUAUUAUGAUUUGCACUUCCCUUUUUCCAGAAGACAUUGGAGAGAAUUUGGAUAAUAGAGGACAAAAGCUCCAUUCACAUUUUCUGCUUGAAAUAGCUAGAUAACUUGGGAUAUGAAGAAAUGAAGACAGAACAAGAACACAUUUCUGUAAACACACAAUCAUCAGCCUUGCUUCAUAUGACUUUUACAAUAUAUUCAUAUGCACUAACUUUUAAAAUCCUUUUAACCAAUUAAAAUAACAGACCAGUGGCAGCAGAACUAUGAUUCUAAGUUCUUUGCAACUCUUAGUAAAGGAUGGUUGAACACUGUUCUUGCAUAAAUUAUGGAGUUCAGCUCCCUGCAACUGGGGAGUAAGGUCAGUUCAAUUAUCUUUUAGUGCCAGCAGUAGGAAAUUUUUAUUGAAUAAGAUGACAUAGGAUGUCAAUAUUUCAAAGAGACAUUGAAAUUAGCAUUUUUCUGCUAGCUAUUAAAGAAGCUGGACCUUUUUCCAGCGUUUAGCUUGUGUAGGAGCCAGGAAAAGUGCUGCUGUUGCUUUAAGGAAUACACUCACUGAAGUUAAGGUGACUUUUACAAAGUAGCAACAUCGUUUUUUCAGGCCUCAUGCACUUCCAAAUAAUGUUUGAAGCAUGCAGAGUCUUUCUAUUUAUUUCAGUGCUACUUUGCUUCCAAAUAAUUUUCCUAACUCAGUAUACCUUGCUAAUACUUGCACGUGUGAAAAGUUUUCACACGUGCACAGUCUUUCUAUUUAUUUCAGUGCUACUUUGCUUCCAAAUAAUUUUCCUAACUCAGUAUACCUUGCUAAUACUUGCACGUGUGAAAAGUUUUCAGCAUUAGCCUCCUUUUUUAAUAGAAUGGGUGAAUAAUGUGACUGACUUGCAGAUAUUUCAGUGUUGGGGAGAGCUCUAUUUUUUAUUUGUAUUAAUGUAUACCAUAUAUAUGUAUACUAUGUGUACAGACUGAUUACAUUGAAGCAACUUAUAAGAAGUUUUAAAUAGUUUAAGCAAGUACCCUGGGUCCAAUAAUAGUGUGACUGUUUAAAAAGUAGAGCCAUAUGAAAGCACCAGUGCUGUGUGAUGGGAAGAGUUUAUUGUAUAUCCAUCCAUACAGGAAAGAGAUGAAAGGGCUUGCUCAAUGAUUGCCCAUUCCAGUUAGGGUUCCUGGGAGACUGACCAUUUAAUACACGUGAUUAUACAUGAGUCCCAUCAAAAUAAUAUUGGCGCUGCCUGCUUCCUGUUCAGUUUCUUUCCUCUCUCUCUCUCCUUGUUUUUUUUUUUUUUUUUUUGCCAUGUAGCAUAACUGCAAGUUCUGUUUUUACUAUUUUUCCAUAUAGUUCAGUUAUUUGUAUAUAAAUGGGGGGGGGGAACUGUAUAAUGAGACAGAGUUACCUAGUUUUGUACCUACCAUGUAAUAACUGAUGUGAGUUCAGAGACAAGCUGUUGUCUCUAUUUUGUUAUUUGAUGUUAUACUGCUUUGGGGAAACAUGCAAAUAUGACAAAUAAAGAUAUAGAGAUAAUAUAGAUUGUA